GAUGGGGGGUGAUUUUCCGAGCCCUAUGAAGGGGGGUUAAAAAAAAAAGAGGCAGCAGGCCUUGCCCUGCCCUGCCCUGCCCUGCCAAGGUGUAAUGAAAGUGCAAGGCCUGUUUAGAAUGAGGGUGUGUUCCAGGGAGGUAAAACUGGGAAGACAGUUCUGGGCCACGUUGUGAAGUGCUUUUUAUGAUUGGUUCAGGAGGUUUGCUCUUGGAAAGUGUUUGUGUGUGUGUGUGUGUGUGUGUGUGUGUGUCUCUGUAUGCGUCUCUGUGUGCGUCUCUGUGUGCGUGUGUGUUUAGUAGGUCGGUGAGUAAUAGUGUAGGUUGGUUUGGGGAGGCUCACUCACAAUCUGUAAGUAUUAAAAUAACAUCCACAGAAGCUGUGGGAUGUAUAUGUGGGUGAUAUGUCCAGGGUUUUCCAUGAGUAGUCUAAUUUAAAAUAUCCUGUCUCAUCGUCUCCAUAAGUCAAUAAUUUUUAAUCCUGCAUACUUUUAAAAAUUCAAAAAGUGGGGGGGGGACGCUGUUCAACUCUGUGUGCAGAGACUCCCACUCGAGGUCUUGCGUCGGGCCUGGGAUUCUGAGGUGUUGAACCAUUCGCUAGGUGAUUCUACAGCCAGGACUGGAAACCCUCCAGCCCAAGCUCCUAAGUGAUGCUCCUAAGUCUUGUUAUUUGGUUAUAUUAUGUACUGAAGCAGAAGUCCUCUGAGAUUUUUGCUUCAGAAAACGCUGCUGCAUGCGCAUGGUCAGUCAGGAAGGAGAGGUUUGGGCUGGUUUAUGGGGAGUGUGGCUGUGACUCUUUAUUUUUUUAAUAAAUUUAUUUUAUUUACUUAUUUUUGGCUGCGUUGGGUCUUCGUUGCUGCGCGCGGGCUUUCUCUAGUUGGGGCGAGCGGGGGCUACUCUUCGUUGCGGUGCGUGGGCUUCUUAUUGCAGUGGCUUCUCUUGUUGCGGAGCAUGGGCUCUAGGCACAUGGGCUUCAGUAGUUGUGGCGCGUGGGCUUAGUUGCUCUGUGACAUGUGGCAUCUUCUCGGACCAGGGAUUGAACCGUGUCCCCUGCAUUGGCAGGUGGAUUCUUAACCACUGCACCACCAGGGAAGUCCUUAUGACUCCUUUUCAUUUGUCUGGUUCUUCUGUUGUGUUUGGGAGUCGGGAACUGCCUCUGCACCACUCCCUUCUCUGUUCUUUUUCUCUUCAGGGCUUUGGAGUCACUUGCUAGGAGGCUUCUCUCCCUGCCCCCCAGGCUGCCAUGGCUGCUCGGCUGGUGAAGCGAUGCACGUGCUUCCUGAGGGAAGCCACCCGUCUGGCCCCUGCCGUGUCCCCGGUUGGCCAACUGAGACUCGCCCGGAGAGCCCAGAAGCCUCUGACGUCCUCGGCUACCUCAUCCAGCUCCCGCCUCCCAGGUCCUUUAUCAGAGCUUGUGGAGAAGGAACAGGUGUUUACUCCCUACCCUGAGCGCCGGGAGGUGGACCAGCUCAUCGAGAAGGCCACCAGGCCAGAGGAGCUCCUGGAGCUUCUGGGUGGCGGACACUGUCUGCACGAGAACCACGCCGCCCUCACGCUCAUCCAGCUCUCUCGCCUGCUGUCUGAGAAGCCGAAAGACAAAGCCUUGCUCAUACAGGAUGCCCGCUUUCGGCAACUUCUCCAUCUUGUCAACAGCCAGAUCACUGCAGUCUGGCAUGGGACCCUCGUGAAGCUGCUCCGGAGCCUCUAUGCACUGGGCCUUCCCCCCACCUCCAAGGAGCUGCGGUCGGUGGAGCAGGAGGUCCGCUGGCGCAUGCGCAGGCUGAAGUACAAGCACCUGGCCUUCCUGGCCGAGUCCAGCGCCAACUACAUGCAGGAGCAGGACUCCCAGGAUCUGCUGGCCGAGCUGCUGGUGCAGCUGGAGCGGCGCUGGGCAGAAAUCGAUGACAGCCGCAUGCUGGUGGCCAUGAUGAUGAAGACGGGGCACCUCUCCGAGUCUCUGAUGACCCGCCUGGAGGACAAGUGCCUGGAGCUGGUGGAGCAUUUUGGCCCCGAGGAGCUGCGGAAGGUGCUGGUGACAUUGGCAGCUCAGAACCGGCGGUCGGUGCCCUUGCUGCGGGCCAUCUCGUACCACCUGGUCCAGAAGCCCUUCCCCCUGACGAAAGGCAUCCUCCUGGACCUGGCCUACGCCUAUGGCAAACUCGGCUUCCACCAGACGCAGGUGUUCCAGCGCUUGGCUGCAGACUUGUUGCCCCACACUCCUAGCCUGACGUCCAGCGAGGUGGCCCGCUGCACCAAGUCCUUUGCCUUCCUUAAGUGGCUCAAUCUGCCCCUGUUUGAGGCCUUUGCCCAGCACGUCCUGGACAGAGCCCGGAGCAUCACUCUGCCACACCUGUACAACAUGCUCCUGGCUUUCGCCCGUGUGAACUUCCGCCCAGAACGGGAGGAUCCAUUCUUCAGCCUGGUGCAUGAGAAGCUGGGGUCAGAGCUGGCGGGCCUGGAGCCAGCCCUGCAGGUGGACGUGGUGUGGGCCCUGUGUGUGCUGCAGCAGGUGCUGGAGGCCGAGCUGCAGGCUGUGCUCCACCCUGAGUUUCACGCCCAGUUUCUAGGUGUCGAGUCACCAAAGGAUCAAAGCACCUUCCAGAAGCUGCUCCAUAUCAAUGCCACUGCCCAGCUGGAGCACCCCGAGUACACGGGCCCCCUUUUGCCAGCCUCAGCCUUGGUCCCCAGGCCCUCGGCCCUUGACAGGAAGGUGACCCCCUUGCAGAAGGAACUGCAGGAGACGCUGAAGGGGCUGCUGGGGAGUGCCGACAAGGGCAGCUUCAUGGUGGCCACGCAGUAUGGCUGGGUUCUGGAUGCUGAGGUGCUGCUGGACACCGACAGCCAGCUCCUGCCCCUGAGGGCCUUUGUGGCCCCUCAUCUCGCCCUGCCCUCUGGCAGCCAGCCACUACCCCCGGGGGCCAAGAGGCUGGCCUUCCUGCGCUGGGAGUUCCCCAACUUCAACAGCAGGAGCAAAGACUUACUGGGGCGCUUCGUGCUGGCCCGGCGCCACCUGCUGGCCGCUGGCUUCCUGCUGGUCGAUGUCCCAUACUAUGAGUGGCUGGAACUUAAGUCUGAAUGGCAGAAGAGCGCCUACCUCAAGGACAAGAUGCGCAAAGCAGUGGCAGAGGAGCUGGCCAAGUAACCUGUCCCGUAGCAAGGACUGUGUGACCAGGGGGCCGGACUCCCCUGGAGGCCUAGCCACGAGCACUGGUGGGCCAGAGGUGGCACGCUCGAGGACAAACCUCAGUGCAGGACCUUGGCCGGAAGUGGGCUGGUGGCCAGCAUCUCUGAGUGGCAGGUUGUUCUUUCAUGGGUAAUAAAUCUUUAAUCAGC